AUAUACAUUUCUAAACUUCUAAAAAUAGUAAUAAUAAAUCUGUAAUAAUAACAUAAAUUUUGAAAUAAAAAAAAUAAAAAUUUAACUUACAUAAUCAGAAUGGCAGAGAUAAUUGACAAUAUGUAGUUCAGGACGAUCAACAUCUUUAACUUUUUUUUUUUUUGGCAUUGUAAUUUUUUUUUACAGUGCAAGAAGCAAAAAUUUUUGCUAGUAAAAAUGAAGAAGCAGAGAAAAAAUGGUGAAACUUGAGAUGCAGGAAGGAAAAAUAACUUCUGAAAGAGAGUGGGGCUUCAAGGGGGAGAUAGUCACGCAUGGAGGGGGCACCGCUGCUGGAGAGACUGCAUGCUCGACACCUGGCCUGCAAGCAACAAAUCGAACGGUCCGAUUUGCUCUCCUCUAAUUGGACCGUCCAAUUACUCACCCCAAAUUCAAACCGUCCGAUUUUAGUUACGCUGACACCACACUCCAAUAUUGCACCCAUGUACCCCAUAAUAAUGUCUCACACCAUUCCUAGCUCCAUAACAAAAAUAAAAAGCGUUCAAUUUGCUCUUUUCUCUUCCAGCCGCUUCUUCUCAUUUGAUCCGAUUUUAUUUUACACAAACAUAUUGCGUCCAGCAUCAUUCUCCAGGUUCAGCUUCUGUCUUCAUAUCCCCUCUUUUCUUGUGCCCUAUGUUUUCCCUUUUCGCUUUCCUUCCUGUUCAUGUUCAAUGUCAAGCCUUCACUCUCAUUCUCAGCUCACAUCCCUUCGCCAUGUUGAUGAAGCUGUUGAUUCCUUCACUCGCAUGCUCUCUAUGCGUCGCCCUCCAUCCAUCAUCCAAUUUAACCAGAUUUUGGGGUCUCUUGCCAAGACGCACCAUUUCCCCACCGCCAUUUCCCUUUUUCAGCAAUUGCAAACCAGGGGAAUUGCGCCGAGCAUAGUUACGAUGAAUAUUUUAAUCGAUUGUUGCUGCGGCAUGGGUCGAAUCACUCUCGCUUUCUCUGUAUUGGCCAAGAUUUUCAGGAUGGGUUUUCAGCCAAAUACCAUAACAUUGAAUACACUUAUUAAAGGUCUAUGUCUCUGUGGUAAUGUUGAAAAAGCACUGCACUUUCAUGACACAGUGCUGGCUCAUGGAUUUCAGUUUAAUCAAGUAACUUAUGGCAUCUUGAUUAAUGGACUCUGUAAGACUGGACACACAUCUGCUGCCAUUCAGGUGUUGAGAAAGAUCCCACGGUAUGUACAGCGCAAUUAUUGAUAGCUUGUGCAAGGUUAAGCUUUUUAGUGAUGCUUUUCAUUUAUACUCUGAAAUGCUUGCUAAGGGAAUCUCUCCCGAUGUUAUCACUUAUAACACUCUAAUUUAUGGAUUGUACCUUGCCGGCCAACUUAAGGAAGCCAUUGAUUUACUAAAUCAUAUGAUGCUGAAAAACAUUACUCCAAUUGAUGGACUAUGUAAGGAGGGAAAUAUCAAAGAUGCUAAAAGUGUGUUGGCUGUGAUGACAAAAGAUGCUGUGGAACCAACUGUGGUUACUUAUAAUUGUUUAAUGGAUGGGUAUUGCUUGGUUAACGAAUUAAACAAGGCAAAAUGUAUAUUUGACACAAUGGCCCAGAUAGGAAUGGCUCCUGAUAUACAAAGUUACAAUAUUAUUAUUAAUGGCUUGUGCAAAAGUAAAUUGAUGGAUGAUGCCUUGAAUCUCUUUGAAGAGAUGCGUAGUAAGAACUUGGUUCCUGACACGGUAACUUACAAUACUCUAAUUGAUGGCUUGGGAAAAUCAAGGAGAAUCUCUUGUGCUUCAAAGCUUCUUGUUGAGAUGCAUAAUAAAGGUCAACUUGCUGAUAUAAUCACUUACAAUUCCUUGUUGGAUGGGAUGUUCAAUAUCAAACAACUUGACAAGGCACUUGUGUUAUUUAAUCAAAUGAAAGAGAGUGGCAUUAAUCCAGAUAUAUGGACGUAUAAUAUACUUAUUGAUGGCCUAUGCAAAGGUGGAAGGCUUACAGAUGCGAAAGUGAUUUUUCAAGAUCUUUCCAUUAAAAACCAUCGUCCAAAUGUGAGGACAUACAAUAUUAUUAUCAAUGGGCUCUGCAAAGAGGGCUUAUUGGAAGAAGCAUUGGCCCUGCGGUCGGAAAUGGCAGACAAUGGUUGCUUACCAGAUGCUGUGACUUUUGAAAUCGUUAUUCGUGCUUUGUUUGAAAAAGGUGAGAAUGACAUGGCGGAGAAACUUCUUCGGGAAAUGAUUGCUAGAGGCUUAUUGAACGGAUGAAUGAAGUUGAUUCUUAUAGUGGAUUUUGGUAUGCUGGAGAAAGAGAACUUACUUGGAGCAACUCCGGUCCCCGGGAUGUUUCUUGGGUCUUUGCUCAGAGCAACGCAGACACUUCGAUUUACUAGCAAAAUUCAUGAAUGCGCACCUAUAUAAACAAGAAAAUUCUUGAAACUAUUGCUUGCACGUCCACAUCCAGGAAUUGGUUCUAGUAUGUUAGUGCUAUGAAUCCAGCUUUUGCUGAUACUCAAGCCAAAGCU